AUGACUAAACCAACUGAACUAUCAUUACCUGAACUACAACAACAACACAAAGAAAUAACCAAAUGGAAAAACACGUAUGACAACCAAACAAGAAUGAUAAUCUUAGAAGGAAAUAUAGACGUAGGAAAAACCACUCAACUUAAUCUAAUAAAGAAAGGACUGGAAAAACAUGGAUUAACUGUAAAAAAUGAUUCAGAAACUCAUAAAAAUGUACCAAGAAACACCAAAUUACGAUACACAGACACAAUCAUGAACUAUGACACUAGUAUUACUGAAAAAACAGAUGAAACAACUAGUGAAGAAUCUGGCACUGAAACAAAGAAACCAUGA